CGAGCGAUUCCCGUCAACAAAUCAGCGAAUAAGAAAAUGUUAACGGAAAUGACGCGAGAAAUUUGAACGCUCACAACGCUAACAUUCUAGUCCGCUAGCUAAAUCUAUCCAGUUUAAUACCGUAACCGAUUUUGUUUGCGAAUAUGAAGAGACUGGAUAGAGCUCAAAUAAAAGAUACAGCGAUUCCCACACAACUGAAUUAUGUAUCGAGAAGAGCAAACGUUAAGAUCGACACCGAAAAUAUGUCAAGGAAGAACCUCACAAAAGGUCUUAAAGGAGCCACGACAAAAUAUGGACAACAAAAUGAUCUAAGAGAACAGAAUCACCUUUUAAUGACUGCAAAUGAAGAUUUGCAAAAACAAAUUUCGGAAAUGAAGGAAUGUGUGGCUGAUUUAGAACAACGGUGCCGUGAUCUCCAAGAUGAAAACAGUGAAAUUAAGAAACAGCUCCGGGACUGUCAUGCCCUUCUUAUUUUGGAAAAGCUUGACCCAGUUUCAGGUGAAAAAAUUGGGGAAACAGAACAAAAGGAAGCACAAAGAAAAGAAAUCAUGACUGUUUCACAAAAUUUGAUGACCGAGCUGAAGCACUUUGAUGAAGUUGCAAGACAGCAUGGAACACAUUUAACAGAGCUGCAGAACACUAUGAGAACCCUUAAAGAGGCGAGAGAAAAGUUUCAUCUUGAUGGUGAAUCAUUUUGCUUGGAUGUGGAGGAGAUGGAGAAAGCACUAGAAGAAGCAGAGAAAUUGCUGAUUGAAUAACAGAAAAAUUACUAUUGUAGUUUACAGCAAUUUUAAAUAAUUAAUUUGUUACUAUAAUGAGUGGACUUUUGUUAUAUAUUCAAUAAAGAAUUUAAGUUGUUUUUGGGUGUAUAUAGACAAAAUUCUGGAAGUUGAGCAAGCAUCAGAUGAUUUAGUUAGCGUCAGAUGAUUUAUCUAGUGACAUCAGAUGGUAUUCUGUAAGUAGGUUAAAGUAGGUUAAACUCGCAUAGCGCAGCUUCUCAUGAAACACCUCACACCUGCGAGAGUACAGCUUUUUUUGUUGUUUGUUUUUGUGCCUUCAGAUGGACCCUUCCACUAGGCCAAGGCUGGAAUUUGAUUUUUUAUUUGACUUUAUUUUAAAUAUGCAGAAGGUGCAAAGUAGAAAAGAUUAGAUAUACCAGAACAUUCGUGUACUUGUACCAUGUGCUUGUGAGCUAUGCUGAUUUAUCUGUACUUUCUAGGAAAUUAUAAUCUGGUGUUAUUGGCCUUGGUUUCCUUCAUCAGAAACCAAGGCACCCAAGCAGUAUCAACACAGUGAAAAGCAACAAUGCUGAGUUUUCAGCAUUCUGUUAUUCACAUUAAUACAUCUUCUCAAAGCCAACUUAGUAUUAUGUUGAUUUCUAAUUAAUAUUAUGUAUGAAUAUUCUAUUUUUUAAGCAUGUGAAAAGAUCUGAAAACAUUUUCAUAGCCACAGCUUUUGAUGUAGAACCACCAGGAACAUGACAGGUGUAUACAUAUUACAUUCAGAACACCUUACAUAAAUACUUCAUAAUGCAUUUAUCCAUGUUUACGUCAGCAUGUGUUCAUAAGUUACAUUGAGACAUUUUCCCCCACAACAAAGUCUGCACAUGCAUAUAGUUUGUGAAAUGAAAUGUCUGUUCACAUUCAAGUGUGGCGAUAGUGAAAUGACAUGUACGGCACUUGAUUUUCAGAUUUCUCAAACUAACAAAUGAGCUUAUUGCAAUACAAUUUCUAGUAUCA